AUGUCAAUUCAAGUAAAAUGCCUUUUUGUUUGUUUGUCUCUUAGGAAAAAGUGCUGCAAAGGGUAUAAAUUUGUUCUUGGACAGUGUAUCCCAGAAGAUUAUGAUGUCUGUGCCCAGGCUCCCUGUGAACAGCAGUGUACAGACAACUUUGGCCGCGUGCUGUGCACCUGUUAUCCAGGAUACCAAUAUGACCGCGAGAGACACCGGAAGCGGGAGAAGCCCUACUGCCUGGACAUCGACGAGUGUGCCACCAGCAACAAGACUCUGUGUGAGCACAUCUGUGUCAACACCGUGGGCAGCUACCGCUGUGAGUGCCGGGAGGGCUAUGUCCUUGAGGACGACGGGAGGACAUGCACCAGGGGGGACAAGUACCCCAACGACACUGGGCACGAGGAGAAGUCUGAGAAUGCGGUGAAAGCCGAAACUUGCUGCGCCUCGUGCAAGGAGUUCCACCAGAUGAAGCAGACGGUGCUGCAACUGAAGCAAAAGAUUGCACUGCUCCCUAACAGUGCCGCUGAGCUGGGCAAAUAUAUCACUGGUGACAAAGUGCUGGCCUCUAACGCCUACCUUCCAGGACCACCUGGCCUGCCUGGAGGCCAGGGCCCUCCCGGUUCACCAGGACCAAAGGGGAGCCCAGGCUUCCCAGGUAUGCCGGGCCCUCCUGGGCAGCCCGGCCCCCGGGGCUCAAUGGGACCCAUGGGACCGUCUCCUGAUCUGUCCCACAUUAAGCAAGGCCGGAGGGGCCCUGUGGGUCCUCCGGGAGCACCAGGAAGAGACGGUUCUAAGGGGGAGAGAGGAGCACCUGGGCCCAGAGGGUCUCCAGUAAGUGGCACUUACUCUUUGUCCUGCUUCCCCAGUGAGUGUUCUCGGGGAUGCAGCUCUUGUCUUAAAAGUCUGUAAGUAGGUCUUAGUAGCAAACUGCAACUGGCCCUAAGACUGACCAGGGCUCUGUGGUUAGGCCAGGAAGCCUUUAGCAGAUGAUUUGGAUUUCUUUUUUUAAAUUGGCUUUCUGUUGUUACUUUUUCUUUUAUUGUAGCUAAUUUCCAUAUAGAAUGUCUUCCUUUAAGCCCAGGAUGUCAUGAGUCUAUGUCCAAGUAUAUUAUAAAAUAUUUCAAGGGACUGGGAUAGACAUCCGUGGGCUAGACUAACUUGGAACACUUGAGUGUAGCCACUGCUGCAGUCACAGCAGCCCCCUCCCAGAAGUGCAAAGACAGGGCUGUGCUUGAGACCUGAGAAUAAAUUAGACACAUACACGUACAGUGUCUGGAGGUUAAGUGUGAAGAUCAGUAACACCCAAAAGUAGAGGAAAUGUGUUGUUUCUGAAGACAGACCAGGCACAGUGGCCACAGAAGUAGGUGGUCUGGGUCCCUUCUCUGCUCUCCUACCUGUUAGCAUUCUGAACAUAGGCAUGUCACGUGGCAUUGGGUGUUCAUUCCCUCACCUGUGUGGUGCCAGUUAGUGGGGUUUGAUCUGCCACCUGCCAAGUGGUUAUUUUGAGGGUCAGGGGGAUACUGCAGUGUAAGGGCUGCCAUUAAGCUGCUAUCUGCAGUCACAACUGCCAUUGGGGUGGUGGUGAGUGGGGAGUAAACAAUUUUACCUUUAAGCCUCCAAUAAGUCCAGAAUAUAUAUGUUUGUACACUUUUUUUUCUCUUGCCUUACCCACAACACUGCAUGGAAAUUAAGGCAUAAUGUUAUAUAAUGAUAAAAAAAAUUUUAUAGAAAAAUGAGGAAGCUUUGUUUUGGUCUUUCCUGGUCAAUGAGGAAUUGGUAUCUUUAUACUUUCAGCUUCAUUUAGUUUGGAGUCAUAGUCAUAAAGGUCUCCAUGAUUUCAUGUUUAAAAAAUGAAUAAUGGCUAACAAUUUUUGAAAUUUUAUUAUGCACUAAGCCCUUCAUUAAUUCAUUUAAAUCUUUACCUACGAACCCCUGAAAACCUGUGAAAUUGGGACAAUUAUUGUCCUUACUUUACGGAUGGGGAACACAGAAACCCAGAGAAAUGGAGUAAUUUGCCCAUGAUCCUACGGGUUAUGAGGGGCAGAGCUGGGAUUCCAGCCCAACAGAAUCCCAACCGCUUAAUCACU